UAGAGAAAGUACCUACGUAUGUACCAGAUCCAGCUUAACUUAAAAUUGGAAUAGUUUUGACUUUUGCUAAUGACAUACCACUUUCUGACUAUGAAAAUGUAAGGCAAACGAUGAAAGUAUCGCUGACCAGGUUCUACAACAGGAGAAUUUUUGGAUUCAUUAGAGUGAUAAUUCUUGUCAUUAGGAGAGGAAGUACAGUUGUUGAACACGAAGUUACAAUGAACAAAACAGAAGCAAACCAAGAUCUUGUGGAAUCUUUGUUCAGUUUGUCCGGCGGAGAGAGCAAGAUCAAGUAUAAAAACGAAAUACUAACUACAUCAUCAGUAGUAGUAAGUGACGCAUCUGGAAAGCAGCAAGUUAUCACAACGUCAUCCUCCAAAUGCGACGUUUACGUAAUCAACAACCCGUGUGGGAGGGAUAAGAAAUGUGUUGAGGACAAUACCACGCCUUAUUGCAAACAAAUUGUCGAUUCAAGUGACAAUUUCCGGUUAAUUGUUGGACUUGGAGUCGGAAUAUCACUUUUUGUUCUAGCAGUUCUCAUCGGACCUAUCUUCGUCUACUUUAUUCGAGGAAAAUUUAAUCCAGUUGUAUUGCCUAACAAUGAUUACGUUGAAAACACCUACAGCGAAGGAGAAAUGUAUAUUGUUAUGGGAAAACUAACAAAGGUUGAUAGCUUGGAUCGGUAUGGGUCUGAAUAUUCUCACUGGGCUGGACACCGUGGCGAGAGAUGAAGGGGUGACUUUGAUGACGUCAGUCGUACGAGGGAACCAUGCAGCACACAUGUUAAUGACACUAUUGAUCAAAUAAAGAUUUGCACCUUUUUUGCGAAAAAGGUCACAUGACAAAUAUUGUAUUAACUGUAAAUGCUGUUACGGAUCUUACAAGGCUGAUAUGGAUACAUAUUACAUAAUCAUUGCUUUCAGAACUUUUCUAGUUAUUUGCUUCUGAAUCAGUAAUUAAUCAAUUCGCUGUUUAUAAUAACUUUUUUAUACCUUAUUGUUAGAACGUGACAGUUGUACAGUGUAUUUAAAUUCUGGUUGUAAAAGUACAACUAUUUGUAAAAUUGACAAUUUUGACAUCGUUCACCUUUUGAAAAAAUAAAUACAUUUCUUGUA